AUGGGAACGUACGACGCCUUGUGCCACGAGACAAGAAAAUGUGACUGUUGAAAUUAUGAUUAUGAUAAAUUAAUAGUUUAUUUUUGAAAAAUUGAAAUGAAAUUUUAUGUGGUACCAAAUCAUUCAUAGUUAAAUGCAUAAAUACUACUUAAUAGUGAUUAAUGUCAAUAUAAAAUUGCUUAAUGCUGCAAUAAUUGUGGUGACAGGUUACAUAACCUAAAAUAAAAUCAUGCACAAAAUUUUUACGAAAAUCGUGAGAAGUUGCAAAAGUAUCAGUAAAUUCCACUCUAGUCGAAGAUAUGUAGCUAAGGAUAAUACGAAGAAUACUCCGGUAAGAGCUGGGGUUAGUAUAUUAUUUAGCAAAAAGUAUUUAUUACUUUCAAACACUGUUACCUCUGGUUUAUUGAUGUUCAUUGGAGAUUUAUGUCAGCAAGAGAUAGAAUUUCGACAAAAAUUGUUAGAAAAACGUUACGAUUUCAAGCGAUUAACCCAUAUGUUCAUAGUGGGAUUAGCCCUGGGCCCCCCUCAUCAUUACUAUUACAUUGGAAUUGCAAAAAAAUGGCCACAAAGGACAACAAAGAUUAUAUUGUGGAAGAUUAUGCUUGAUCAAUUUGUAAUGUCCCCAUUGUGUAUAGUAGCAUUUUUCUUUGGGUUGAAUGCACUUGAAAUGAAACCAUUGAAGGAAGUAGUUUCUGAAUUACAAAAUAAAUUUUAUACUGUUUAUUUAGUAGAUUGGAUAAUUUGGCCACCUACACAAUAUCUUAACUUUUAUUUGGUACCAGUUAAGUAUCAAGUGUUGUACAUAAAUGCAGUAACCAUGUUGUACAAUGUAUUUUUGUCUUUUAUGAAGUACAAACCUGAAGAUAUGUUACUCAAUACAAUCAGCGAAGUUCCUGAAAAAGUACGAAAAGAUUGAAUUUUUGUUAAUUUUUAUAUAUUUUAUAUUUGUUAUGGAAUGACUAGGGAAAUUAAAUGAUAAUGACUAUUUCAAGAA